AUGGUGGACGUUGUGGAUGCCAAUCUUUUUUCUGAGGAAGAACAAAUCACUUCUAAAAGUGAAAGUUGCAUAGCCCCAAUGAUGGAAUUGGCAUUAGAUUGCACAAAGGGAACACCAGAAGCAAGAAUAACCAUGAAAGAUGUAGUCAAGAGGCUUAACAAAAUCAAGAACGUGAAUGAAAGACUAGAUCCUAAUAAUUCAAUAGUUUUACACCGCAUCUUAAUAGGGGAUUUUGUUGCUUGCUUCCAGUUGACUGAUCCUGGUGCAAUUUUAUCGAGGAUCACCUGGCCACCUGCACAAUUUCCCUGUCUUUGGCCAAUUUAUCCUUUCUCAAGUGUUCUCAAUCUCGAGAACAACAACUUCCAUGGUGGCAUCCCUUACGAACUUGGCCACUUGCCUUGCUUGCGAGUGAUUGAUAUUCAAAAUAAUCAGCUCCAAGGAAGUAUUCCAUCAAGUCUAUUUCAACACCCGAGAGUUCAGGUAAUUUCAUUGGCCUUCAAUAAACUCAGAGGUGAAAUGCUGAAAGGGUCAUGGUACGUACCAGAACUCAGGGUCUUAAAUCUUAGGAACAAUUGCCGCACAGGUAUAAUCCCUCCUUCUGUCGGAAAUGCCACAAAGUUGCUCAACUUCAGUUUGUCUAAUAAUAGAAUCAACGGCAACAUUCCUAGGGAGAUUGGUAAUUUGAGUCAGCUUGCAUAUUUGUCCUUUGUCAAUAAUCAAUUAACAGGUUCCAUUCCUACAUCACUGUUUAAUAUCUCAUCGCUACUUUCUGUAACUCUGGGAAUGAACAGCCUUUAUGGUCCUCUCUUGCUAGAUGAAGGGAAUAUUGUAUCAAAUCUGAAGUUUUUAAGUAUAUCUAUGAACCAAAUUUUUGGUUGCAUUCCUUCCAACAUAUGCCAACUCACAGAGCUCAAAGUUUUGUCAAUAUCUGUCAACAACAUAACUGGAUACAUACCAAGAAAUAUUGGUUGUCUAUCCAAGCUCGAGAGGUUCUAUAUUGGAGAUAAUAGAAUAAAAGGGACUAUUCCUGCUUCAUUGGGAAAUAUUUCCACUCUGAAAAUUCUUUAUUGUGGAAACAAUCGCAUGAGGCUAUUUUCAACUCAAUCAGCUGGAAGGGGAAAUUCCAUUGUUCUAACAAAUGCUUCCAAGCUUGAGAUACUGUCGCUAACAAAGAACUUUCUCACAGGCGCUAUUCCUACUAAUUUGGGGAAUCUUCGUGAGCUGCGAGAACUGCUCCUAUUUGAUAAUCAACUUACCAAUGAACCAAGAGAGCAUGAGUUGCGAUUCUUCAAUUCUUUGGCGGACUGUAGGAUGUUGCGAUAUCUAGAAGUGGGUUUCAAUCCAUUGAAUGGUGUUCUGCCCAAUUCUAUUGGGAAUCUUUCAUCUACUAUUGAAACAUUUCAUAUAGUAGAUGCACACAUCAACGGCCUCAUCCCCACAAGUAUAGGCAACAUGAGCGGUCUUACAGCCCUAAUCUUUCAAAAAAACAACUUGACUGGGAGUAUUCCUUCUGAUGUUGGUAAGCUUAAACCACUCCAAGGGCUGUAUCUAGAUAAUAAUAAAUUGCAGGGACAUAUUCCAGAGGCGAAUGCUUAG